AUGGCACUACGCUUACAAAAGGCCAACAUAAGCAGCGUGAUCUACGAGCUGCGCUCAGAACCCACAACCCUCGGCGGCGCAAUUGGCAUCCAAUCCAACGGCCUGCGCCUCCUACACCGGCUCGGCGUGUACGACGACCUCGCUGCGCGCGGGUACGACAAUAACGAAGUCAUCAUCCGCUCCAUGCAGGGCUCUAUCCUCGGCACGCCCGAUCCGGUCGUGUGGGCGCGCAAGCAGACAGGGUUUGGCUUCAUGCGGAUUAAACGCACCGAUCUGGUGGAGGUGCUCCUCGACGCGGUGCGCAAGGCCGGGAUUACCAUUCACUGGGGGAAGAGCCUAGCCUCGCUCACGGAAAAGGAUGAGAGGGUGACGGCGACCUUUGACGACGGGACGAUGGAUACGGCGGAUUUCUUGUUUGGGUGCGAUGGCAUCCAUUCCGCGGUGCGGAGGCUGUACGUCGAUCCGAAGCAGGUGCCCGAGUAUUCGGGAUUUGCGGGACUGUUCUCGGUCGUGCCGAAUAAGAGCCAUGUCGCCGGGAUGAAUGCCACGCUCACGCAGGAGGGGAUGUUCGCCGCGACGCCGUGCGGACCGGAUCUGAACGAGCUGUUCUGGGUGUUUGUCAAGGAGGUCGCGCUGCCGAAGUCCACGGCUGUGGGCGAUGAGCGGGAUGGGUGGGAAGUGCACGGCAAGACCGAGGUGGAAGGAUUCAAGGAGUCGAUGCUGCAUGUCCUAAAGGACGCGCGGGGGGCCUGGGGCGAUAUCCUCCGGGAGAUAGUGCGCUCGACGUCCGUGGUCAAGUUCCUGCCCAUCUACCGGCUUCCGCUGGGCAAGUCGUGGGCCAGGGGACGGGUGCAUUUGAUUGGCGACUCGGCGCACGCGAUGCAGCCGCAUGCCGGGCAGGGGAUGUCGAUGGCGCUGGAGGAUGUGUUUCUGUUGGCGCGACUGCUGGAGGAUCCGGGGCGACCUGUGGCAGAGGCCUAUGCGCGCUUUGAGCAGAUUCGGCGCCCGCGCGUGGAUAAGAUCUAUACUUUGGCUGCGCGCAAUGCGGAGGCGAGGAAGAAGGCGGGUCCGUGGGGACUGUGGUGUAAGGAGAUGGCGCUUUGGAUGUUUUUGUUGGUGUCGUGGGCGGUUGGGCUGGAUCGGAGGGGGAUGGGACAGAAGCAUUUGGCUUAUGAUAUUGAUGAGGAGGUGCUGUGA